UUGUUUUGAUUUAUUCAUUUGCACCAAAUUGAACUUUUGAAAAGUUUCAUUAUCUCAUCCAACUUACAACUAAGAUAUGUCAAGUAUACAGACAGGGAGAGGGAAACGAAGGAGGAAGUUUGAAGAUGAAGUAGACAGUCAUAGUGAAAAUGAAGAAGAAAUUGUCGUUGAAGACCAUAAACCAGAACUCACCCCAGAUAAACUAAAAGAACCAAAAGAUACAUAUAUCCCACAACCCCAGAAACAACAGGAACAACCAAGUCGGAGUAAAUACAUUGAUGAAGAAGAUAUAUCUUCAAAUGAUAAACGACGGAAAUUUGACUUGCUACAUCAAAAAGAUACCAGCACCACUUCAAGAAACCAUAAACGAAAUGAUCAUAAUCAAUGGGAAUUAGAACAAUAUCAAAAAGCUCAACAAAUCAUGAAUACCACCAAAAUCACUAAGGAUGAUUUGGAUAAGGUUAAUCUCCCUGACAAUGAUAAAUACGAAUAUGUGUUUGAUGAUUCCCAAUAUGUUAACUUUAAUGAGAUUGAAGAAGAUGAUGAAUUAAAAGGUGAUGAUCAACCACAGAAACCUGAUCUUAUCGAGAAAGAGAGAAUAUCAAUAGCAGAAGUACGUCAAUCCUUACCAGUUUAUAAAUUUCGAUCCCAUUUCCUUGAAGCUAUGGAUAAGAAUCAAGUACUUAUUGUCGUGGGAGAAACAGGGUCAGGUAAGACUACCCAAUUACCUCAGUAUUUAUAUGAGGCAGGAUAUUCUCAAGGUGAUAAGAAUCUAAUCAUUGGAUGUACCCAACCCCGUCGAGUAGCUGCUACAUCUGUGGCCACUAGAGUUGCCCAAGAAAUGAAUGUUAAAUUAGGGAAGGAAGUAGGAUAUUCGGUUAGAUUUGAUGAUAAAUCAAGUAAAGAUACCGUGAUUAAAUAUUUAACCGAUGGGAUGCUUCUUAGAGAAUUUCUUACUGAUUCGAAAUUAUUGAAAUAUAGUGUGAUUAUGAUUGAUGAAGCUCAUGAAAGAACAUUAUCAACCGAGAUUUUAUUAAGUCUUUUAAAAGAUAUCUUAACUACUCGACAUGAUUUAAAAGUUAUAAUUGCAUCAGCUACAAUUAACGCAGAGAAAUUUUCGAAUUAUUUCCAUCAAGCUUCUAUUUUAAAUAUCCCCGGUAGGAGGUUCCCGGUAAAGAUCCAUUAUACCAAGAAUCCAGAAGCGAAUUAUAUCCAAGCGGCCAUAACGACGAUUUUUCAAAUCCAUUUAACUCAACCUUUACCAGGUGAUAUACUUGUGUUUCUUACAGGACAAGAAGAAAUUGAAUCAAUGGAGGAAAGUUUACAAGAAUCAAUUAUUAAAUUAGGUUCAUCAUUAGAAAAUCAUUUACAAGUUUUAAGUAUUUAUUCGAAUUUACCAAUUGAUUUACAAAAAAAGAUUUUUGAACCUACUUUACCUCAUACUAGGAAAGUUAUCUUAGCUACCAAUAUCGCAGAAACAUCAAUCACCAUCGAUGGGAUCCUGUAUGUGAUUGAUCCAGGGUAUGUUAAACAGAAUGUUUAUAAUCCCACUCAAGCCAUGGAAAGUUUAGUGGUUGUUCCAUGUUCAAAAGCAUCGGUUGAUCAAAGAGCAGGGAGAGCCGGUAGAAUUGGACCCGGAAAAUGUUUCCGAUUAUUUACCAAAUGGUCAUAUUAUAAUGAAUUAGAUGCGAAUACUACUCCUGAAAUCUUACGAGUUAAUCUUUCAUCAGUGAUUUUAUUAUUAUUAUCAUUAGGGAUAAAUGAUUUAAUUAAUUUUGAUUUCUUAGAUAAACCAAAUUCAAAACAUAUUAUAAAAUCAUUAGAAUUAUUAUAUUCAUUAGGAUGUAUAAAUUCAAAAGGAUCAUUAACUAAAUUAGGAUUAAAAUUAAGUAAAUUCCCCUUAGAUCCAAUGUUAUCGAAAUGUUUAAUCACCAGUGAGAAAUUCAAUUGUGUUUUGGAAAUCAUCACCAUAAUUUCAAUGUUAGGAGAAUCAUCUACUUUAUUCUAUCGACCUAAGGAUAAGCAGGAAAUAGCGAGUAAGAAACAUGCUAGUUUUGAUUCCCCCUUGGGUGAUCAUUUUAGUUUAUUGAAUGUAUCGCAACAAUGGGAAAAUAGUGAUUUUUCAAAUCAAUGGUGUCAAGAAUAUUUCGUCCAGUAUAAAACUUUACGAAGAGUUAAGAAUGUUCGAGAUCAAUUAAUUAAAUUAUGUCAACGAAAUAAAAUUAAUGUGAAUGAAACCAUAUCGAUUAAUCCAUUAUAUAUUCAAAAAUCAUUAAUUUCAGGAUAUUUCCCUAAUAUAGUUAAAUUAUCAAUGAUGGGUGAUACAUAUAAGAAACUUAAAUCAAGUAAUGUCGCCACACCAUGCUAUAUCCAUCCAUCCUCUUCCAUAUUUAAAAUCAAACCAAUUCCAAAAUUAUUAUUAUAUCAUGAAUUAGUAUUAACCAGUAAGGAAUAUAUGAGGAAUUGUAUGAUUAUAGAUGAGAAAUUGAUUAAAGAAUAUGGAUCUCAUUAUUAUUCACCUCAAGAAUUAGAAUCAUUAUCAAAGACCAAGAAGUAAGUUAGUUAGUAGUUAGGGUUAAUAGGGGAAAAUAUAGACAAUGUACAUUUUUUAUUUUGUGUAACAUUUUUGGC